CAGUGGGCAGCAAUGUGGAUUUAGCCAAAGCCAAAGGCUCUAGUGAAACUUAUGCCACUAAAUAUCUGUUAAGCAAAUUCUUUUUGAUGCCAGUGAAGGAUGAGGCGGAUCCUGAUUAUAGGCGAGGAGAAGAAAAAGACGGCAUGACUCCCGAAGAAAGAAAAUCCGUCAAUGAUUUUCUCCAAAAACAUGAAGAUAACGGUCAACCACUUUCUUCUUACGAGACUUUGGAAUUUUUAGGGGAUAGUGUGCUAAAUUUUUACGUUAGUUUUUUCGUUUACCACCAAUUUCCUAAUUAUGUGGAAGGACAAAUGAGUAAAUUGAAACAAUUGAUGGUUCAAGAGAGCACUUUGGCUCAUUUGAGCCGAGAAAUCGGUCUUGGGGAAUAUUUGCAACUGGGAACGGGAGAGAGAAAAAACCAGGGAGCCGAUAAGGAGAGUAUAUUGGCGGACGUUUUUGAAUCUUUUACAGCGGCCCUGUAUUUAGAAAAAGGAGGCAAAACCGUUCAGCGUUUCCUCAAUUUAACUAUUUUUACUUGGGUUGUUGGCAAAGAAAAUAUGAUUUGGGACCACAAGAGUCAAUUACAAGAAUAUUGUCAGGCCCGAAAAAAUAGAGUUGUCUACCGUUUGAAAAGAGCAUUGAGAAUUGGACAUCAGCAAUUAUUUAUUAUGGAGGUCAGCGACGAACAGGGAACUUUUCGGGAAAGUGGUCAGGGUCGGAGCAAAAAGGAGGCCGAACAGCAAGCCGCCGCCAAAGUGAUUGAAAAAUUAGGGAUUGGGGAAAAACCGAACCAUUAA